AUGGGCGCUGAGGUGCUUCAAAUUCCAGAGUCCUUUGAAGACUCCACAAAGGCCUUUUUGAUAGGUCUUCUUCAGUCCAACAUCGAGGUUCGCCUCGGGUGUCAGGGGCGGGGUUCAGAGGAACUGAUGACGCAUUCCUUCCUUGCAAAUAUGGACUGGGAGAUGGCGAAGCGUCAGCGACUCCAACCUCCGUUAAUCCCACCUCAGGGUGAAGUGAAUGCUGCUGACGCCUUUGAAAUCGGUGCUUUUGACGAGGAGGACACGCAGGGUAUUCGAGUGCGUAUCCAAAUCCUCAUUUUGACUGAGGAAGAUCAGCAAGUCUACAAAGAGUUCGACGUUGUGAUAGCAGACCGGUGGCAACACGAAAUGACUACUACUAUCUUCGACGCGGUAAACGAGGACUUUGAUCAAAUGGAAAGUAAAAGGCGUGCUAAAUUACAGCAGCGUCUAAACCAACUGACUCACACUCUUGCGUCCCAACCAGAAGGCGAGACCACUUCAGUUGUUUCUGGAUUGCCUUCAGCAUCGCCAUCCCUGUCGAGAUCGGCUUCAGCAACGACUAUGACAGCGUCGCAGCAGAAGUCCCUGGACCACGAGGACAUUCCCAGUUGGCCAGCUGAACUACUUCUCGAGUGGUGGAUUGAUCCAGAGAGGUAUGGAUGCGGACCCUCGGAUUGUCUGGUUGAGAGCGAAUUGCUGCGACUUGGCGGACCCUUCCUUCACACAUGGCAAAAGAAACAUGUCCGUCUCUUCCCAAAUAGACUCGAAAUUUACGUCAAGAACCAGCACGGAAUUCCACUUAAGGGUGCUGAGUUCAUUUCAAUGCUGGACAUCGCGUCAAUUUAUCCAACUCUGCAGCGCAUAAACAAAUACGACGGAGUAAUCAUUGUGGUUCUCAAAAGCCAAUCAAAGAUAUUCCUCACCUCUCAGGAUCAGAUAGUCGUGGAACAAUGGCUGAACGUACUUCUCCGGGCGUUCGAGGCGUCUAGUCAGGUCUUGAGCAGCAUGAGUCGGAAGGUCUACUGGAUCUACGGUAUUGACGAGCCGAAGCUCUAUGCAAGAGCCUCACCUUCCUGCUCCAAUUCAACUCAACUCCCUCCACCCCCUCCACCACCACUGGGGGUUACUCAGCCCGACCUAGCAGCAAAACGGAAACAAUUUCGACGCAUGCAGUCCUUCCAAACCGCCCUUACUGCCCGUAACUGGUCCCCCCCACCCCCUGCACCACCCUCACCACCUGCGCCAACAUCAGUAGUAGCGUCGUCGACAUCGCAGCCGCCGGCGGUUGCAGAGACGACGAGUGCACGUCGUGCCAUUCUUAAAAACCUGAACAAAAUGGGUUUCUCUCGCAGUCAGGACGUAUCCAGUCCACUUCCACCACCACCACAACCAUCCUCACCAUUGUUGGAGUGUACAAAAUCGUCUUCUGCUGCUGACAAUGGUGGUGGUCAUCAGAAACAGGCGUAA